GUUCUCUAUGCAGUUCCAACUCAAGAACAGCAGGAUCCAAGUCCGCUGACAAGCAAAAGCCAUUCUGAGUGCUGCAGUCAAUAUUCCGAGUUCAUCAUCAAAACAACUAAAAGUCAUUCAAGUAUGUUAGUCCAGUAUUUUAACUUUCUCUUCUAAUAACAAUGAUGAUGGAUGAAAAUUGUGGCCGAGCUGCAAAAAUCGGAAAUAUAAUUUGACCUGUAAAAGUUCAAGUAUCGGCAACUUAAGGUUGGAUUGUAAAACCGUGCCCAAGUAUCACGCCUGGAAAAGAAAGUCAUCUUUAGUGCAAAACACCAGUACACCUUCUUCUUUGAAAGUGUCUCUGCCUACUUGCAUCAUUACAACCAUGGUCCUAAAUUCCACAUUUCCACCACUUACUUGAGUUCAUUAUAAAAGUCUUCAUCCCUGUGUAGUUUUAAAACAGCCAUGUCUUUUGCAUUUUUGUUUAUCUUGUCACCUUUUCUUCUUUAAAUCAGUAUAUAUCUUCGAGUUUUCUUGGAGCAAAAAUCUUCUACAAUGUAUGUUCUGGUAGUCUCCUUAAACCCCAUCACCGUGAUCAUCUCUAUCCAUCUGUUUUUACUGAUAAACAUCCCAUUUCUUGAAGCUCAAGCGCUUAACCAUACAAAAUACUACUCAGAUUGCAGCAGCGCUACUACUGUAAGAUGUGGGGAGGCAACAUACGACCAAAUACACUACCCUUUGUGGGGAGAAAAUAUUCGACCCAAGUAUUGCGGUCUUGAAGGAUUUGAGCUCAGUUGUGAAAAUACUAAUCUUGUUAUAGACAUUGGUUAUGGUAACAAGUUCCGAGUAGCUAAAAUUUUUCGCUCUGGAAUGAUGAUAGAACGCUAUGGUGAUGAUCAUUUGAACGAUACUACUUGUGACCCUAAAUUCAAUAACACAAUAUUGAAUGAAAAGCUGUUUGAGUACGGUCAGAAUACCAAAGAUCUCUAUAUGUUCUACGGGUGUCCACUUGAACUACAUAUACCAGUGAGGUCUGGGAAUCGGAAUAAUUUUACUUGCAGGAAUGGUGAUAAGAGAAAACAAGUUGUUUUUGGGGUGCAAUCACUUUUGGGAGAUUAUUUUGACAGGCUUAACAAAUCCUGCAAAACUUACAUCAGAGUACCAGUUAAUGGUUUUUACCUUGAGAUAUUCUCCGAUGUAGGAUCUAUGCCCCUGGAAGAUCUUUUAGCUUCGAGUUUUGGUGUUCAUUACAAAAUAAACCACACAGCGUGCUCAGAUUGUGGAAAAUCAGGCGGAGAGUGUUGGAAGAACACAGAUUUAGGAGUGGAUCCGAAAUGCCUUCGUCAGCCAGGGUACGCGGUGGGUAGCUCUUAUCAAGUGCCCCAGAAAGGAAACAACACAGUUUCAGGACGGAAGAUUAUUAUAGCAGCUAGUGCAGCAGGAGGUGGCAUGCUUCUUUUGUUAUCGGUUCUCUUGCUAUUAGUUCUCUUAAUCCUCUGUUUUCGUAAAAAAACCAAGAAUGGUUCAUCUGGGGUCUCUCAGUAUGUAUCGUCUAAUAACGUCUUGUCAGAAUCUGAAAAGGCAGGGACUUACAUGGGAAUCCCCACAUUCUCUUAUAGUGAACUAGAAGAGGCCACCAACAAUUUCGAUUCUAAUUAUGAACUUGGCAAUGGAGGAUUCGGGACAGUAUACAAAGGCAAACUUAGAGAUGGACGGGAGGUUGCAGUGAAGCGAGUCUAUGAAAACAGUUUCAAGAGAGUGGAGCAGUUCAUGAAUGAGAUCACGAUCCUCACAGGCUUGCGCCAUCCAAACUUAGUGGUCCUCUAUGGAAGCACUUCUCAUGAAUGCAAAGUCCUUCUACUUGUAUAUGAAUACAUACCUAAUGGCACGAUUGCUGAUCAUCUGAACAGAGAUAGUGCACAACCUGGUAAACUUACAUGGAAUACAAGAAUGAGCAUUGCCAUAGAAACGGCUAGUGCAUUGUUGUAUCUUCAUGUUUCAGAUGUCAUCCACCGAGACGUGAAGACCACAAACAUUCUGUUAGACAACAGUUUUCGUGUCAAAGUUGCAGAUUUUGGCUUGUCGCGUUUAUUCCCAACCAAUGUGACACACGUUUCAACAGUCCCACAAGGCACUCCAGGAUAUGUGGACCCUGAGUACUAUCAAUGCUACCAGCUUACAGAUAAAAGUGAUGUUUAUAGUUUUGGAGUCGUUUUGAUUGAGCUUAUCUCAUCAAUGCCUGCUGUUGAUAUCAGUAGGCAUCGGCAUGAGAUUAAUUUAGCUAACUUGGCAAUAAAGAAGAUCCAAGGCGAUGCAUUACACGAGCUCGUGGAUCCAACUUUAGGCUUUGAAUCAGAUGAAGAGGUAAGAAAGAUGAUCAUGGAUGUGGCUGAGUUGGCACUAAGGUGUUUGCAAAAUGAGAGGGAACUGAGACCAUCAAUGGAGGAAGUACAUAGAUCUCUUAAAGAAAUUCAGAGAACAGACUGUGCUAAAGAAAUUUUGAGAAUUUGACAUUUCAAUGAAGGAGUAGUGCCAUGGAUGAACUUUUUUAGAGAUCCAUGAGGCAUAUACUCAUAUAUAAGAGCUCGCUUCUUACCUUUGUAAACAUAUCCGAGUAGAUUGACAACAUUGACAUGAUAAGUCCUGCCAAUGCUUGCAACUUCAUUCAUAAAUUCCUCUCCAUUUCCUUUUGUUUCACUUAAAACCUUCACUGCCACGACACGACCAUCUGUUAAACUGCCUUCAUAUACAUUUCCAUACCCACCUUUACCGAAUUCUUCUUCAAAUGAAUUUGUCAUUUUCCUUA